AUGUUAUAUGAUGUGACGUGUCAUCAUAAAUUACCGCUUUGCUUUCAGAACAAGAAGGACUAUUUAACGGAAGUCGGUCAGCGUCUUCUCAAGGACCUCCGUGAGGAUGCAGAUGCCGUGAGUGCCGUGACACACGUUGAAGUGGAAAUCAUCGAGGAUGUCACCAAUAUCUUGAAGACGUAUGUGAUUGGAGAACGCGCUGAUGAUUAUUUGGAGGAACAAAUGAUUGAUGCAAUUCACUAUGAAGAACACGUGGAUCGAACACCUUCACCAAUCGAACAAAUGAAGGUUGAGAAGAUUUAUGUAGACACAUUGACAGUGGAAGACAGAAGCCACGAAUUAGAGAAAGCUGAGAUUAAUCUCUUAAAAGAAGGGCGCCAUUUUGAAGGAGAAGGAGCGCUAAAAAGAGUUCGUCGACUGGAAUCCGACGAAUCUGAUGUAAUCAUAUCGAAGACAAGAUGCGCGAAUGUUGGCGCCGAUUGUUGUCUAGCCAAAAGGGAAGACAGUUCCACGUUCACUGUUUACAUCGCUAUUCCUCUGAUACAAACGAUUUCGAUGAUUCUAACUAGGAGACGUGCUCAAAAACAUGAGCAGUUCUCUAGAUCGAUUGCCACCACACAAAGCGGACAACAGUUUGAGAGCGAAUCUUCACUAAGACAGUCUAAACAAGUAGAAACUAUCGUAGACGAAAGAAAGAAACUUAUACAACAUGGCGAAAACGAUCUCCCAGUAGCACGCGUCCAAGAAGUCCUAGCUCAGAGAAGCGAGAAAGAAACAGAAGCAGAUGGCAGGAAAUAUGAGAUGGAACUACGAGGUCAAAAACUGGUCGGGGAUAUUGUGAUUAAACGUCGCGAAAGGGCCGUUGACUCUGAGUCUUCUGAAGAACUCCCACUAACAAAGACCAUGAUUAUAAAGGAAAGAGAGGCUCAAGGUGGACAAUACGCGAUGGAAAUACACGGAGUGACACUAAGGGGUGAAAAGACAUUCCACCGCGAGGGCAGAGUGUAUGAAUCAGAGUCUGAAGAGUCUAUACAGUGGAAUCGUGGCUCUCCAACGACAGUAGACUUGAUCAAGAAAGAAUCCCACUCAUUCUUCGACGUCGUUUUUGAGACCUCAAACAUUUAUGAACCACAAGCAAUAUCUAUAAAGCGAGCCGUAGUGAAGAGAGAAUCUUGCGAAGUGAACUCAGCAUUCUCGCUCCCUAAGGUCAACGCUGAGGAGGUUUCAAUUGUUAUGAAGACGAAGUUGAUGUGGAGGGAAAAUUUCUUUGGAAGAGAGCUCAGUGAGCAGUAUUCGUAUGUAACUAUCAGUCUGCAAAAUCUCGCCAAACCAGAAGAGAAAGAAAACGGCGUUGAGCAAAACUUGGCUGCUAUUACUCAUGUGAAAGUAGAGUGCAGUCUCCGCGAGGCUAUGGAGGAGCAGAUGAUGAUGUUAUACAACUUUGAAAACACUGUUCCAGCCAUCGGAGAAGCUCUGGUUUUGCGACGAGAAAAGAACCGACAUGGAGCAAGUUUCUUCACCGCUGCUGCAGAAUUUGAGUAUAUAACGUUGAACAGCUUGUUGAGUCAUUCUGGAGAAAUGCUGGGAUUUGAGAGUUCCCUAAAAACACCGAACACCAUUAGGAACGCAGUAAAACUUAAAGAAAUGUCUUUGGAACAUGCUACUAGUGUGAUAUACCUUCAUAAAACGCCUGGUAUACAAGAUCAAUAUGCCGACACGGUGGCGAGAGACAAACAUGUUGGGAGUGAUUUUCUCAGGACGCGUGCUGCAUCAGACAGCUGUCUUAUAGCUCAGUAUGCUUUGAAGAAGCAGUCAUCGUUUCCGUCAGAUAUCGUUGUUCAAGCGAACAUCAAGACAGCAAAUAGAUCAUCAUCUUCGUUCCGUUCGUGGGCAUCCGAAAGCCGUAUCAUAAACGCAACGCUAAUGUUAAGCAAAGGAGCAGUCACACAAACGGCCGCCAUUAAAAUUAGCGAUCGCAAUCGACAGGAGACGACAACACACGUUGCCGAGUAUGGACACGAUCAACAACACUGCGCCGUGAUGCUGAAGAACACCGGCGGAGCACACGGGAGCACAUCGGCCGCGCUAGCCGAAGCGGUCACAGGUGGGUUUCUCAUAGACGUAGACACUCGUACGACAAACAAAAGCUUCCACCUCACCAAUUAUAAAACUAUGCUGCCACCUUGCGGUGAAACUCAAAUAGCAUGGCCACAGGCCACUCUUAUAUCCGCCUCCUUCCUUCUCUCAAAGCUUUCUGAGCAACAAAAAUUACACGAUGAAAAUUUUCAUCAAGAUAUGCGUAUACGUCGAAAAGACGACACAGCCGACGUUACUGUGUACUUUUUGUACAAACGAGUUCUUGGUAAUUUCGCAAUGGCCGCCCUUGGUAUAUAUGUCGGCGAAAGGAUACGACAAAUUCGAGAACAACAACUUUCUAAAGAAGUAGUGGACACCUCGGAAAGGUUCGAGCGGCACACCCGACAGGUCGAGUGUAGGGACGAGUUUGCACCAAUCGCACGAACUACCACUGUCGAGGACGACACUACAGGUAAGCAUUUGUUGCACGAAAUGCAACUUACUGCUCUAAUGUGCUUAUCCUCAACAGUCCUAAUGUAUAGUAAAGCAUAUGUAGUUCAGCGUAGUCUACUAAAUUUGCACGCUCGUAGGAUAUGUCCACCUUUACAGAAACUACCUUUGCGAAAGGUAUAG